AAUACAGGUGUUGCUUGCAAAGACAAAAGAGCAGCCUUUCGGAGAUCUCAAGGGCCUUGCGAUUGCGCUCACCCCUCGACGUUUCCGAGGUUAUUCUGAGGCCUCGGUCACCACCAUUGCCAACUCCCUCAAAACCCAUCUCUUUGAUUCUACCAAAACACACACACACACACACUUUUAAAAGAGAAAGCAGAGAUUGUUAUCAAUCUACAAAGAUAAACAAAAGAAGAAUGGCUGCACUUUAUUCGACGACAUGUCGUUCACAUGCAUACUCUCUAUUACCACCUUCUUCUUCAUCAUCAUCAUCAUUCCAUGGGCAGAAUCAUCAACGAUUAAACUUCUCUUCUUAUAUUGCGAAAAGGGUUUUACCAGCUAAGGUUUCUUUUCAUUCUCGAAGAAAUUAUCAUUUAAAUGUGGUUCUCAUGCAAGAUGGUGCAGUGGCCACUCCAGCGACCCCGGUUGAAAAUGAGACUCCUUUUAAGAAAUUGAAAGGUGGGUUGUUGACUUCAGUGCCAUCAACUCAGGAAUUCAAGGAAGCAGCUAGUUUUUAUGUGAAAAAAGAUGAGUCAACUGUCAGUAUCACUGUGGUUGGUGCAUCUGGGGACCUUGCGAAGAAAAAGAUAUUUCCUGCACUUUUUGCUCUUUAUUACGAGGGUUGUCUCCCGAAGCAUUUUACAAUCUUUGGCUAUGCUCGGAGCAAGAUGACUGAUGCUGAACUUAGAAACAUGGUUAGCAAGACACUUACUUGCAGGAUUGAUAAAAGGGAGAACUGUGAUGAAAAGAUGGACCAGUUUCUCAAGAGAUGUUUCUACCAUUCUGGUCAAUAUGAUUCACUAGAAAACUUUGCUGAGUUAGACAAGAAGUUGAAAGAACAUGAGGGUGGGAGAGUUUCUAAUCGCCUCUUUUAUCUGUCAAUUCCUCCAAAUAUAUUUAUAGAUGCGGUGAAAUGUACAAGCUCAUCAGCUUCAUCUGGUAUUGGCUGGACCAGGGUCAUUGUUGAGAAACCCUUUGGCCGAGAUUCAGAUUCCUCAGCUGCUUUGACAAAAGCCCUCAAGCAAUACUUAGAAGAAGAUCAGAUAUUCAGGAUAGACCACUAUCUGGGAAAGGAACUUGUGGAAAACCUGUCUGUUCUUCGCUUCUCUAAUCUCAUUUUUGAACCCUUAUGGUCAAGGCGGUAUAUCAGAAACGUACAGCUGAUAUUCUCUGAAGAUUUUGGCACUGAAGGACGUGGAGGGUAUUUUGACAAUUACGGAAUAAUAAGAGACAUAAUGCAGAACCAUCUGCUUCAAAUACUAGCCCUCUUUGCGAUGGAAACACCUGUCAGUUUGGAUGCAGAGGACAUCAGAAACGAAAAGGUCAAAGUUUUACGAUCAAUGAGGCCUUUACAACUUGAAGAUGUUGUUGUUGGGCAGUACAAGAGCCACACAAAAGGGGGAGUUACUUACCCAGCAUACAUUGAUGACAGCACUGUGCCAAAAGGCAGCUUAACUCCAACAUUUGCUGCAGCUGCUCUCUUCAUAGAUAAUGCAAGAUGGGAUGGAGUGCCUUUUCUAAUGAAAGCUGGCAAAGCAUUACAUAAGAAGAGGGCUGAGAUAAGGGUGCAGUUCCGGCAUGUGCCUGGCAACUUAUACAAUCAGGAUUUUGGGAAUGAUCUUGAUCUGGCUACAAAUGAGCUUGUUAUUCGAGUGCAGCCAGAUGAAGCUAUUGAUUUGAAGAUCAAUAACAAGGUCCCUGGAUUGGGAAUGAGAUUGGACCGUAGCAAUCUAAAUCUUCUCUAUGCAGCAAGAUAUUCAAAGGAGAUUCCAGAUGCAUAUGAGAGGCUUCUGCUGGAUGCAAUUGAAGGGGAAAGGAGAUUGUUUAUCAGGAGUGAUGAACUGGAUGCAGCCUGGGCACUCUUCACUCCCGUUCUGAAGGAGCUUGAAGAGAAAAACGUUAUCCCCGAGUAUUAUCCUUAUGGUAGUCGAGGCCCUGUUGGGGCUCACUAUCUAGCUGCAAGAUACAACGUCAGAUGGGGCGACCUUGGUAUAGAGCAAUAACUCGGGGGGGUUUUGACACUUAAUAGUGUAGCGGGAUAAGACGAGCAGAUCGCUUUGUUAUUUUUCUGUCAUUUGUUAGGGUUACUUAAUUUUCUUUAUCUUCGUGGGUUACGAAAGAGCUCUUGUAUAUGAACUCGUUGGACACUAGGAGCAUGCCAGUUACUGGUGCAAGCAAGCAAAAUUUAUCAUUGAAGAAAAGGAAUAUUUUUCCUUUUGUGUUUUAAACAAUCCUUUUGUUUUUGGCUUUGCCAUGUAUUGUUGGUUCUUCGAGUUGAAAAUUAGAAGAAAUACAAAUUGAGUUUAAUUUUUGUUAA